AUGGGGAUAAAAAAGGGCUCAAGAGGCCCCGUCUCUAAAAUCUCCUCAGCCGCAGCCCCCUCAGCAUCCCCUCCCACCCUCUCUGCAAAUAAAUCUUCCAUCCUCCGCUCAGCAUUCUCCCCAUCCGAGUAUCAGCUGGCGCUCUUUGCAUCCGUCAUCCAGGGUCUUGACUCCCAGCACCUCCGCGUCCACGAGAUCGGUUCCGGGUGUCUGCAAUGCGAGCAUGCCGUGAAUCCAAGGGAAGCCAUCACCUCGCUAGAUUGGGGCUUCUAUGGCGAUUCUCACCACCGAGAUCGCGAUCAACAUAUGAAGAAGAAGCGCAAGCGCGGGUCAUCCGGUGUAAAUGGCAUCGCUACUGCUGAUGGCGGGAAUUCGGGCAAUGUGGUUAUUGCGUUUGGUACCACCGAGGAUAGGAUUGUUGGAACGCUUUCGGGCGGGCAUGAGAAGGGUAUUAGAGAUUUCAAGUUCACGGUGAACACUCCCGCGGCUGAGGGGUGGAGUAUUGGUGGUGAUGGGAAGCUUGUACAGUGGGAUCUAAAAGCUGGCCGAAGUAUACGGGUUAUUUCUCUACCAUCAGCUUCUGUCUCCGCUCUCGCGCGGCCCGUUCCGUCGAAUCCUCCCAUUCUUUGCGCCUCUCAAACGCCCUAUCUAAUAGGCCUCGAGCAGGAUGGCAUUGACGGCGUGGUUUCAUUUAGUGCUAUGAAAAAUUCCAUACAUACACUAAUUCCCUCUUCCACAGAUAUGGGCAAUCUCUCAGAGCAAUUCCUUGCUUCUGAUUCCGACCGUUAUAUCAACAUUUUUGAUUUGCAAAAACAGAAAAUCUCAAAUACGCUAGUCGCUGGGAGCGAAAUUGAAUGCUUGGCGUUUUAUCCGGCCUCUCGGAAAGGUGGCCACGCGGAAAAGAAUAAGAAAUCUACAAGGUCGAAUCAGUUGCAAAAACAGCUUCUUGCUGCAAUCACGCAUAAUGGUGUUGUUGAACUUUUUCCUAAACCCUUUCACCAAGUCGAGUCCCUCGGUUCCGCGCACAGUCUGAAACCGCGGGGGAAAGCAAUGACACGCCGUGCGGAAGCUGUGAUUAAGAUCGUCAGACCCGAUAAGUCUCGAACGGCGGUACCUGCCGUUUCGGUUAGUUUCCAGGGCCCGGAUCUAGUCGUUGCGUGGGUCGAAGGCGGUGUCAACUUGGUAUUUGAAAGGAUACGCUGGCAAGACGAGGAUACAGAAGAACUUAUGUUUCAGGGGGAAAAGGAAAUCGUGCGUGGCAAGUCGAUAUCUAUGCUCAGAUCCACAAUGAUGAACGGAGUCAAGCAUGUUGGCAGGACACAAGUAGAUGAGUCGCAUACAGUUGUGGAACAAGGCGGGGCUGCAGAAAACAUUCCCCUGGAAGACGAGAGUGAGAAACAGAAAGACAACAACAUAUCGAACCCCAGUGAUGAUGACGAAGAAGACUCCAAUGAAGAGGAUGUAGAAGACGAAAUGGAAGCGGAAAGGGAAGAAGCAGAAACGCCCAAAAAGGCAUCAGCGUCAGCAACAUCCCAUACGCAGCAGGAAGACAUCAACAUGAUGGAUGCCGACGCAGAAGAAGGCGGCGAGCCCUCCUUCGGCGAACUCGUCCGCGCCCAUGCUGCUGAACCCAUCGACGUCGAAGCGGAGCUGGAUGACGCGGACGCAGACGCAGACGCAGACGCACACACCCGCGCCCUAUCCUCAACAGCCAAUAAGCCCAACACCACCCUCCAGCUCCCCGCUGGCAUCUCCCUCGCUACCGUCCUCUCCCAAGCCCUCAAAACAAGCGACAACACCCUCCUCGAAUCCUGCUUCCACACCACAGACAUGAACAUCGUCCGCGCCACGAUCCAGCGCAUGGACUCGUCUCUCGCCGCCACCUUGCUCCAGAAGCUCGCUGAGCGUCUCUCCACCCGCCCUGGACGCUACGGCCACCUUCUCGUCUGGGUGCAGUGGACCUGCAUCGCCCAUGGCGGCUCGAUCGCGGGGAGGCCGGAUGUGCUUCGAAAAAUGACUGCGCUGUUCAAGGUUAUGGACCAGCGGUCGGCGAGCUUGUCGUCGCUUCUGUUGCUCAAAGGGAAACUCGAUAUGCUUGAUGCGCAGCUGGGGCUUAGGCGGAACCUGCAGCGGGCUGCUGGUGCUGGUAGUCGUGGCCGUGGGAGUCAUGGUACGGGCGUGCCGGGUUCUGAGGAAGAUGAUGAGGAGGAGGACGUCAUUUAUGUUGAAGGUGAGGAAGAUUUGGUGGAUAGCGGGGACGAAGAAAGCGGUGAUGUCCGGCGCGUUAAAGGCUCUGCUGCCGCUAUUGGUGUGGCUGCAACUGCCGCGAAACGAGGCGUAGUCGGUGAGGAUUUCAGCGACGGAGCGGAGGAUGAGGAAGAUGAGGAUAUGCCCCUAGCACUUACCGGGGUGGCGUCUGGAGAUGAUGAGGAGGAUGAGGAUAAGGAUGGCGAAGAGGAAGGGAGUGAAGAUGAGGAGGUGGAGCUGUUCGAUGACGAGGCGGAUGAGUCUGAGGAUGGAAAAGGGGCUGAUGAGGAAGAGGACGACGAAGAAGAGGAUGAGGAUGAAGAUGAAGGAAGUAGUAUGGCGGACUUUAUAGCGGGUUCUGAGGAGGAUGAAUCUGUCGACGACGACGACGACGAGCCCGCCCCUGUGCCGUCGUCGUCGUCGUCGUUGUCGAAAAGGGUCAAGUCAAAAUUGGUAAAAUCGCGGAGAUAG